UUGACAUACACUCACUUACAAUACAAUACACACAUACAUACAUACACACAUACACACAUACACACAUUCACACAUACAUACAUACACACAUACAUACAUACAUACAUACAUACAUACAUACAUACAUACAUACAUACAUACAUACAUACAUACAUACAUACAUACAUACAUACAUACAUACAUACAUACAGUACACUUUUUAAUACAAGGACUUCACAGUUAUUCCUGUCCCAAAGGGAGGGGAAGACUUGGACCAGGCAGAGAUGACACUUCUAUCAUCUCCACUCAUCUUCUUCCUUCUUGCCACAGCUUGUAGCAAACCAAUUGCUGAGAACCGCCACCAAGAUGCUGAUCAGCAAGAACCGGGUUCACUGGAUGAGUACAACGGAGUCUCUGAGUGGCUUUCUUCUGGCUCCAAAGUAGCUAAAGCACAUGACUUCUAUGAGUCCAGAGAUUUUUCCAUGAGUCAGUCCACCGAGGGGACGUUGCAAGAGUCAAACGAGGAAUCAAUGGCGGAAUCUUUUGGGGAAUCAUCGAAAAAACCUUCAAAGGACUCAUCUGAAGAAUCCUCAAAGGAAUCAUCCGAGGAAUCCUCAGAGGAAUCUUCGAGCGAAUCAUCUGAGGAAUCAUUUGAGGAAACCUCAAUGAAAUCUUCUAAGGCACCCAAAAAGGAAUCGUCUGAGGAAUCAUCGGACAAAUCCUCAAAGGAAUCUUCUGAGGAAUCAUCUGAAGAAUUUUCAAAAAAAUCUUCUGAGGAAUCAUCUGAAGAAUUUUCAAAAGAAUCUUCUGAGGAAUCAUCUGAGGAAUUUUCAAAGGAAUCAUCUGAGGAAUCCUCAAAGGAAUCUUCUAGCGAAUCAUCCGAGGAGUCAUCCGAGGAAGUUCCCGCCACAGGAGACCCCACCACGUCGCCCACUGCCACAGCACCCGACACGACAUAUGACGGCAGAGCCCCCAGUCCCACCCCCAGCCCCGCACCCACAACACGGAACACGGAUCAGGCAACUACACCUGAAAAAAGAGGAGACAAUUAAGAUGGUGAAUAACUAAAAGAUAUGAUGUCCUUCUUGUUCUUGUUUCUUUCAAUUUUGGAAAAAUAUUGUGACUUAAUAUUGUAUUUUUUGAAUUACUGUGCAAGUAUUACAAAUGAACAUGUUUGUUCCUGCAUAGAAUGUAUUGAAACAGUUGAUGAUGCUCAUGUAUUUAUGAAUGAAUUUAAUCUCACAUUGAAAGCGACUCCAAAAAUGUUGAAAAAAAACCUAGACAAUAAAAAAAUGUUGAAAUGUU